CGAUGAAGAUAAAGUUGUUGCCGAAGAACUGCAGCCACCCUCCUCCCAUCACCCGCUUUUUGUCCCCCCCGCUCCGCUUUUUUCCGCCCUCCCUGCUUACGCCUGUUUCCUCCUCGGCCUCCGUAGCACACAGCGGUUGCCAUGGCUACGCGGAUCCUCCGGCCCUGUGAGCCCGGUCGGCGUCGCUUUGCUGUCUCCAUGGCAGCGCCAAGGGAGGCCUUGUUUACCUUGGCUGCCUCUAUGGCGUCGCCGCUGGGCAGCCCUCCCGACUGGCGAGCGAAGCAGCAGCAUGGCGGAGGGGCCACUGCUCCGGGCACUGCGGGGUGGACCCGGGACUCGUUCGCUUUCGCUGUCCGCCCGGCGACUCCGCCACCUGCCCCGGGGCUUGGGGAAUAUGAAGGGCUUGGAGGGCCUGAGCCUGCGGGACAAUAGGCUGAGCCGGCUGCCUCAGGAUAUGAAGGCUCUGAGCCGGAAGCCAAAUUCCAUAGGGUUUGAACUUGAAAACUUGAGGGGUCAUCUAAUCCAUUCAGUGAUCUUAAAGCUGACAGUACUAAAUUUGGGAAACAAUAUUUUUGAAGAAGUUCCUGAGCAGCUGAAAUAUCUCACAUCUCUGAAGAAACUUCAUUUGUUUGGAAACAAGAUCACGAGAAUAUCACCAUUAAUAUUUGACGGACUGAAGAAUUUAGUACUUCUCAAUCUAAACAACAACCAGCUUAGCAACCUUCCUGUAGAGAUACACAGGCUUGAAAAUCUUGAAUGUGUGAGUUUAGACAAUAAUCAACUGCAAUGCAUUCCCAAAGAACUCUGCUAUCUCCGAAAGCUGCGUAAGCUCUAUUUGUCCCACAAUUCCAUCAUCACACUUCCUGAAGAGAUUGGAUACCUAACAAAACUCAAGGUCUUGAUUUUGUCAAGAAAUCAAAUAGAAGAGCUCCCUGAUGGGCUUAGCAAACUGAAGAGGCUGAGAGUUCUCGAUGUAGCAGGAAACAAUAUCCAGCUUUUCCCAACAGCAAUGGAUGAUCUUACAUUGGAGGAGCUUUAUUGUGAAGACAAUCCAUUGCUUGAGAAAUAUCCAGUACACGCCAUACAGGAAAAAGACGUCUUGACUCUUAAGGUUACUAAGUAUGGAAGUAAACAUUUUGAAAUGGAAAUAACAGCAAGGUUUAUUCUUGCUCAUCUGAAAGACAAAGAUCUUUUUCUACAAAGAGCAAUAAAGAAGAACUCAGAAGUGCAGAAAAUACUUUCUGAGCAACGAGAGUGUGUGCAGUGUGGAUAUGGCUUUCUCAGCAUGUGGCUAGAAUGUGUUCAGUUUGUGGAUAUAAAACAGGGCACGAAGACUAGCAGAAACUUGCAGCUCUUACCUGUCAGGGCACUGCUGUGCUCCUACAAAUGCUUUAACCGCCGUGACCGUGGACUCUUUGGAAUUGCUCUCCCCUAGAGAGCAUCAAUUCUCAGCAUCAGAACCAGCAUAUCCAUUGCGGCAUGAUGAAGAACUGAAACUGAACUUAGCCUUUGGUGCUACAUCAAUAUUCACUUUAAAAUACAGUUAUGUUGGAACAACAGUUGCAGAGAAUUGAUCUAGUUGUGGGAAGAAAUUAUUCCUUACAGCUGUGCAGAGCUGAUGGUGUGUUUUGGCAGUCUUGACUCUGCUUCUGAAAAUGGAUGACUCAAGCUAAUGACAUUGUUGAACAGUGAGGUAAAGUUUUAUAAUGUAAACUCUA